AAACAAGUUCUUAAUUUCUUAAGGUUUUUUUUUCUUAUUCUUCUCUCAUAUUCUGUUUUCACUCUUAGUCUCUGUUUUAAUUUCAUGGGCUACUUGCAGAUCCAUGCUACUGCAUCGAAUCGUAGGAUCCUACAAUCGAUGUUAACUGCUCCUGGGAUCAAGGGUAAGCAUGUGAGCAACAUUGCAACCGAUGGUCUAAUGGAUUUGAUCCAAUCUAUAGUAUCAAACAACCAAGAUAUGAAGGAUCCGUUCUACGUCCUGGACCUUGGGGUGGUGGUAAGUCUCAUGGACAAGUGGAGACAAUGCCUCCCCAUUGCCCAUCCUUUCUAUGCUGUUAAAUGUAAUCCCCAUCCAGCAUUGCUUGGUGCCCUCGCAGCACUGGGAGCAAACUUUGACUGUGCAAGCCAGGAGGAGAUUGAGGCUAUCCUAGCGCUUGGGGUCUCGGCGGAGCGCAUUGUCUAUGCUAACCCGUGCAAGGCGGAGUCCCAUAUCAAGUAUGCUGCUCAAGUCGGAGUUAAUCUUACCACCUUUGACUCCCUGGAUGAAAUAGAAAAGAUACAAAGGUGUCACCCAAAAUGCUCGUUGUUGAUUCGACUUAAGGUCCCAGAGGACAGUGGUGCGCUGCGUACUUUGGGAGCCAAGUAUGGGGCAUUGCCCGAAGAGGUGACGCCUCUUCUUGAAGCUGCACAUAAAGCUCGGCUAGAUGUGGUCGGGGUCUCAUUCCAUGUAGGCAGCAAGGUUGCUAAUCCACAAAUCUACAAURAUGCAGUAGCAGCUGCUAAGGAGGUGUUUGAUACUGCCGUGAAGUUUGACAUGCCUAGAAUGAGCAUUCUCGAUCUUGGUGGUGGCUUUACAGUUGGGCCAAAAUUUGAA